AUGCAGGCGCCAGUAGUGGUUAUGAACACGCAAACCCCUGGCGGGGAGCGGCAAUUUGGUCGCAAAGCCCAGAUUUCAAACAUCACAGCCGCCAAGACUGUCGCCGACAUCAUCAGGUCAUGUCUGGGACCCAAGGCCAUGCUGAAGAUGCUGCUCGACCCUAUGGGUGGUAUCGUCCUAACCAACGACGGCCACGCUAUCCUCCGAGAGAUUGAGGUCGCCCACCCAGCAGCCAAGAGCAUGAUUGAGCUGAGUCGGACACAAGACGAAGAAGUUGGAGACGGCACGACCACAGUCAUCAUAUUGGCUGGAGAAAUCCUGGCACAAGCUCUCCCCCAGCUUGAGCGAAACAUCCACCCCGUUGUAAUCAUCCAGGCCUUCAAGAAGGCCCUCGCCGAUGCCCUCGAGAUUAUCAACCAAGUCGCCAUCGAUGUCGAUGUUGACGACGAUGAACAAAUGUACAGAAUCAUCAGCUCGUCUAUCGGCACCAAAUUUGUCUCGCGGUGGACGAAGCUGAUGUGCAGUUUGGCACUCAAGGCUGUGCGGACUGUCUCGUUAGACAUUGGCUCCGGAAAGAAGGAGGUCGACAUCAAGCGCUAUGCCCGUAUCGAGAAGAUCCCUGGGAACGAGAUCGAGGACAGCGAAGUGCUGGACGGCGUCAUGCUCAACAAGGACAUCACACAUCCAAAGAUGCGGCGGAGGAUCGAGAACCCCCGCGUUCUGCUUUUGGAUUGCACAUUGGAGUACAAAAAGGGCGAGAGUCAAACGAACAUUGAGAUCAGCAAAGAGGAGGACUGGAACAGGAUACUGCAAAUUGAAGAGGAACAGGUCAAGGCCAUGUGCGAUGCCAUCAUUGCGCUCAAGCCAGAUCUUGUCAUCACUGAGAAGGGCGUCAGUGAUCUCGCACAACACUACCUCGUCAAGGCCAAUAUCACCGCCAUUCGCCGAGUCCGCAAGACAGACAACAACCGCAUUGCACGUGCGACCGGUGCCACAAUCGUGAACUCUGUAUUCUCAGCCACUGCUGCAGACAUUGGUACUCAGUGUGGGCUGUUCGAAAUCUCCAAGAUUGGCGACGAGUACUUCACCUUCCUCACAAAGUGCAAAGAUCCCAAGGCAUGCACAAUCCUGCUCCGCGGGCCCUCAAAAGAUAUCCUGAACGAGAUCGAGCGGAAUCUGCACGAUGCCAUGGGCGUUGCGAGGAACGUCAUCUGGAACCCCAAGCUCUGCCCAGGCGGCGGAGCUACGGAGAUGGCCAUUGCUGUUGGUUUGGAUCGACGAAGCAAGCUCAUUGAAGGUGUCGCACAAUGGCCCUACAAGGCCGUCGCCGAAGCAAUGGAAGUCAUCCCCCGCACACUCAUUCAGAACUCAGGAAACAGCCCUAUCAAGGUGCUCACACAACUACGCGCAAAGCACGCUGAAGGCUUUGAAGAUGGCAAGAUGAAUGGAAGUUUCUGGGGUAUUGAUGGCGAUGCUGGCAAAGUCGUCGAUAUGCGUACCUACAAUGUGUGGGAACCGUUGGCAGUCAAGGAGCAGAGUGUCAAGACUGCAGUCGAGAGCGCAUGUCUAUUGCUGAGAGUCGACGACAUUGUCGCUGCCAAGUCUGCAAAACAGAUCAGCGGUCCGAUUGGUGGAGGGGAUGAUUAA